AUGUCUACCCCAGCAACCGCCUCUAUUCUCGUGCCAACUCCUGCCCUCUAUCUCUUUCUUUCUUUAUCCUUUCUUUCUUUUUCAUUUCUUUCUUUCUUUAUUCCUUUCUUUCUUUCUUUCUUUCUUUCUUUCUUUCUUUCUUUCUUUUGCUUACAUUUUUCUUUGUUUUGUUUCAGUAUUCCUUUUUCGUUUCCUUUUUCUUUUAUUUGUUUCCUUCGCCUGCGUUUUUUGUUUAAGUAUUUUUAUUUCUCUACUUUUCUUUCUUUUUUCCUUUGUUUAAUUCUUUUUUAUGUUAUUUCCCCCUUUUCUUUCUUUCUUUCUUUCUUUCUUUCUUUCUUUCUUUUUGUUUUCUUAUUUCUUUUGAAUCUUUCUUUCAUUUUUAAUCUUUUUCCUUUUUAUUUAUGUAUUCUUCUUUCUUUCUUUCUCAAUUUUUAUACUCCCAUUGAUUUUGCACUCCUCUCUUUUAUGUAUCUUUCUUUCUUUUCUCAACUCUUUGCUUUUGCAUUCCUCUUUCUUUCUUUUCCUUACAUCUCCUUUCUUUUUUCUUUGAUUUCAACUUGUUUAACUUCUUUCUUUCUUUCCCACGUUUCUCCUCUCUCAUCUAUCAUUUCUACCUUUUCCUUUUCUUCUUUUCUUUUUGCUUUUGUACCUCUUGCCUCUACGUCUCGAUCUUUCUUUCUUUCUUUCUUUCUUUCUUUCUUUCUUUCUUUCUUUCUUUCUUUCUUUCUUACGUCUUAA